AUGGCCAUUCUCCCUCGCAUUACGAAGAAGGUUGUGAAGAAGAGGACCAAGCCCUUCAUCCGGUUCCAGUCCGACCGCUUCGAUCGCGUUGGCGAGUCAUGGAGAAAGCCCCGCGGUAUCGAUAACCGAGUCCGUAGACGCUUCCGUGGUAACAAGGCUAUGCCCAAUGUUGGCUACCGCUCCGAUAAAUCUACCCGCGAUGUCCUUCCUUGUGGCUACAAAAAGUUCCUCGUCAACCGGGUUGAGGACUUGGAGAUGCUCAUGAUGCAGAAUGAAGCACUUUGCGCUGAAAUCGGACACGGAGUGAGCGCCAAGAAGCGAAAGGAUAUUGUUGAGAGGGCUGAGCAGCUCAACAUCCACGUGACCAACAAGAAGGCUAAGCUUGUUCAAUCCGAAUCUGCUUAG